AUGGAGGAGGAGCAUGUUUAUGAAGGAGAAUUCAAUAAUAAUCGUAAACAUGGUCAAGGUUGGGAAGUUUUUCCAUCUAAAUCGAGUUAUAAAGGACUUUAUGUUAAUGGCAAACCAGAAGGCCAAGGAAAGUUUACAUGGGCUAAUGGCGAAUAUUAUGAAGGAGAAUGGUUCAACGGUAAUAAACAUGGAUGCGGAACUUGGAUGGGUUUAAAGGGUGAUAUGUAUGCUGGAUAAUGGGUUGAUGGUAAACCUAAUGGUAAAGGUUAACACAAAUGGAUUAAUGGAGAUCAAUAUAAAGGAGAGUUUAAAGAUAGUUUGAAGCAUGGUUAUGGAGAAGAACUAUUUGCAAAUGGAGAUAGAUAUGUAGGAAUGUAUUAAAAUGGAAAGCCUGAAGGAGUUGGAGAAUACUUUUAUUCUAGUGGUGCUUAUUUUCAUGGAAAAUUUUAAAAUGGUCUUAAAACUGGUUAUGGAGAAUAUAGAUGUUCAACAUACUCUUACAAAGGAUACUAUGUUAAUGACAAAAAACAUGGAGAAGGUGAGUUAAUUUAUUCAGAUGGAACCAGAAAAAAGGGAAAAUUCUUUAACGAUUUCUAUGAAAAGACAGUUCCAAGAUAAUCCAGCGUUCCAAGCAAUACUUAGCCUAAUAAUACUCCACCUAAAACUCAUAAAGAAUUGAUGAAGGCUUGUCUAAAACCUCCUUCAUACUUAUCGUCCACAAAACCUAACCCAAAAAAAUAAUAGGCCUCUCCUCUGAAUAAAACAGUUAUCGUCUAAAGAAAUCGUCUUGAUUUUAAUUAUUCAGAAAGACCACAGAGAAAUCUGUAAUUAUAAUCUGAUAGGCAAAAUUCAAAAAGAGAAUUUUAAGAAAGAGAUAUUAAUCUUAAACAAUAAGAUAAACAUAUUUUGUAAAAAAAAACUUCUAAUAAUGUACAAAGUAAUAAAUCUUCACCAAAAAACUAAUAAACAAUCUACAAGCAACCAAAUCGAAGGCCAAAGGAAUAAUAAUUUAGAUUUGAUACAACUAAAAUAAAUUUCAUUACAAAAACAGGAUUAAAAGGAAAAUAAAGCUUUAAAUAUAGAAGUUACUCUAAAUAUGAAUGA